AAAAUAUUAACUGUAACCAAAAGCUUCUGUCUGCGCUUUUGGGCGGUAAUGGAGUCGUCCAAAAGAAAAACAAAGGAAGGCAGAAAUCGGAGUCAGAAGUAGUGCUGUCCUGUUACUAAAUAGGAAUAAAUAAAUAGGUGGGGGGAUCGGAAGUUUACGUUAAUGUUAGGACCAUGGAGUACUACUCUUUUUGCCCAGUGUGUAAUUUGCAGGUUCUCUCCAACGAAAUCGAGAGGCAUGCAAACGAUCACUUCGCUGACCAUGAACUCGCCCGGGACUUAGAAUUCGCCCAACAAAUUCAGCUUGCGCCCCCUACUCCUCUGGUUGAUAGUGCCAUGCAUUGUCAAAGCAAUUUCUCGGAUACCCAUCAGAGCACUUCCUUGUUGAGGGAUGCCGCCGCUGAGACUGAUGCUUGUGAAGGGAGUGAUGUUGAUGGGAAAUUCUGCUCUUUGAUCAGUUUGCAACUUAAGGAGACCUUCUAUCAAGUAGAGGGUGGUUUGAUCGCUUUGCUCAGAAAUUGUUUGGCAUCCGAGUCUCAAGAUACAACCAGUAUUUUGUCCGGGUAUGUUGAUCAUUUCCAAAGCCGAGAAUGGGAAGACAUUGGGUGGGGUUGUGGAUGGCGUAAUAUUCAGAUGCUUAGCUCGCAUUUGAUCACACAAAGGCAAGAGGCAAGGGAGGUUUUGUAUGGUGGUGCUGGAUUUGUGCCUGAUAUUGCUUCUCUCCAAAGAUGGCUUGAAAUUGCAUGGGAACUUGGAUUUGAUGCACAAGGUUCAAAUGACUUUGAUAGGGAGAUCUAUGGCAAAAGGAAUUGGAUCGGAACUACUGAGUGCGCUGCACUUUUUCGUUCUUUCGGGCUACGUGCCAUGGUAGUGGAUUUCUGUAGCAAGGGAACCCCAUCUGCAUCUUCAACCACUGCAUUACACCAUGGGAAAAUGGCUAGCGAGGAAAUUGUUGGCAAGGGGAAGUUGACAAAGGUCUAUGGGCCCAUGGAUAGAUAUUUGUCUAGACGAGAUAAUAGCUUUACCCAUGAAAUUUUCACUAUGCCUGAAGACUGUACGCAUUCAUGUGGCCCUGUUGGGAAGAUCAAAGGUCAUGGAGUAAUCAUUGACUGGGUGUGGAAUUAUUUUUCUGACAACAAUUCCACUAAACCUAGCAGUCACCGUGUUGUUCUCAGUGAGAAAGCAUGCAGGCCCUUGUACUUCCAACAUGAUGGUCACUCAAGAACCAUCGUGGGGAUUCAAGCUAAACGCCAGACUAAUGGGAACUAUCAAUACAAUUUACUAAUCUUGGACCCUGCUCAUAGAACAGAAGCUCUUGCAAAGUCUCUCGAACAAAACUGUGGAUGGCAAAAGCUGAUAAAGAGAGGUAUCCACACACUGAAGAAGCCGCAGUAUCAGCUUUGCUUUAUUGAGCCUGGAAUUGCAUCUGGAGAGGAGAUUGACCAGCUGAAGGUCUUAUACGGCAUCAAUAUUGAAGUGUAGCAGGUGAAGAUUUCAGUAACUUUAAGCUGCUGAAGACUCAUCAGAAAGGACAACAAUAAUGAUUGGUUGUUGACAUUACUGUAGCUGAGGAUGCAAAGGAACUGAAUGGAAGUGCCAUUCUCUCUUUGCUGGAGUAUGUUCACUUUUCUCAGGUUGACUGCUUUACUAUUUCUUUAUGCAUUGCAAAAAUGUUUAUGAUGUUUUUUGCUAGUUUUUAUCACUCAUCAGUGGAAAAUGUAAUUGUGCCUGUGAUAGGGAUUUUUGAAAGGAGUAGAAUCAGUAUCAAAUGUAGUGAUUUUGUUGAAAAGUGCCUGACCUCUGUUAAAUACUUGUCUGGUAGUUGGGAUAUAAAAGAAUCUGCAUUUGCUAAAAGUGCAGCAUGCUGGAUCUCUUCAUCAUCUGCAUCCAUCUUUCCUAUCUUGAUGUUAUCCUUGAUAGUACCAGCAAAGAGUGAUGGCUCCUGGGAAACUAAGCCGAGGUUUCUCCUGAGGAACUUCAAAUCAAGUUCCUUUAUAUUGUGGUUGUCAAUAAAAAUGUCACCUGAAUGGUUGGUUGUUCGUUUAGAUUGUACUCUUUGUAAUUAUAGUGUGUUAGGACCUUUGUGUAGGAUGCAUGCACACCAUGAUUUUUACCAUCAAAAGACUAUAUGACAUGGUUGAUUUGGGUUUUCCAGGACUACUAACCUUUUUCAGGAUCAUAAAAUCUAGCGAGUAAGGAGAUGAUAGUGCUUUUGCCGCACCCGCUACUUCCGACCAGUGCCACCACCUUUCCUGCUGGGAUUGGAAAUGAGAACCCUUGAAGGAUCACCUUUUCCUGCCGGGAGGGAUUUUCUUUGGAUCACCUGAAAGACUUCCUUCCCUGCAGCUUUUGCUUGGUUGAAUAUCUGCAUGUCUGGUGCAGCAUAAGUGAGUGAUCUGCAAUGAAGAAAGAUGUAAAACCAAUUGGUGACGGUCCCAGCUCGUGGCCUUUCUUCUGCUGUAUGCAGAUGGUUGGCAGAAUCUAUGCACGCAUUUACGAUUUAUGUUUCUUACAUAGCUCCGAAGAGGAUGCUCAUAACUGCAGCUAUGACGUCUCCUCCAGUUGAUCUCUUGUUCACAACAACAACUGCUCCGACCCAAACAAUGAGAGCCCACGAAGUGAAGGUCACAGUUUGAAACAUACCGGUCCCUGCACCCUUUAUUAAUGCUUCUUGCUUGCUUAAAAUGAGUUGCUUCUCUAAGCACUUCGAAAGCGACUUGAUUGCUCGGUUUUCUCCAACAAAUGCGUAUACGGUUUUGAUCUGGGAAAUCGUCUGUUAUGAAAAAGGUAAGCACUGUAUAAGUCCUCCUAACGUUUUGGACAAUGCAUACCUGUUAGCAUCAAAUACCUGAAUCCUGCAGAUGCAGAACUAUUACCUGUUCUACCAGUGAUGUAGCCUCGGAGAGGUACGUCAACUUGGUUGCCGAAAUGGAAUUCAUCUUUUUGGUAUAAUUGGCUCCAAUAAAUAGAAUUAGGGGAACAACGAACAACGUAAGGAGUGACACUUCCCAGCAGGAUAUGAAAGCGACGAGAACCCCCGAAACGAAAGUUGCCAAGCAUGAUAGGAAAUGCCCCAGCUGUAUGCGGGAGGCAAAGACUCGAUUAGAAGAAAUUGUACGACUCUGACUGAAUAAUUGUGCCGUUUGUGUCCGCUAAGCUACCUUUGGUGGUGGUAUGUGUAGGACCAUACACAUAGGCAGGCAAGAAGCCAUAAGUGAUGGAGACAACACGAAGGAGGAGGAGGAGGUAGGUGCAAACUUAAAAAUGCGGACCUUCUCUCCAAUAGCAUCCUGUAUGAUGCGCAUGUGAUCGGUAAUUCCGGUGAUUACUUUAGCACUGCUUAAAUCUGUAUCGAAAGCUCCCAUCUCCUGCCUCAGUACCGCUCUUAAAAAAGCCAGCCUCAGACGUGAUACUUGUCUUUGGCUUGCAUGCAUCCAGCAUCCUAUCUCUGCAUGCAAUAUUAUAUUUAAAACCAUGGUAUCACAUAAUAUCUGGAAUUUUACUUCAUUCUUCUUUCACCUUCCUUCCCCAGUUUGAUAUUUUGCUUCUGCUCAUUAUAAGAAAGAAAGUUACCUACAACUCCGGCAGGAAACGUUGCAAUGGCCAUGUACCACACAUACGGAACGACCUGGACAACCAGCCAGCCAACCAAUCAACCAAGUGGGGUUCAGAAAUUAAUAUACAAAAAAAAAAAAAAAAAAA